CGGAGGUCAAAGUUGAAAGGUGGGUCGGUCGCGUCGUUGAGUGAGCGAGGUUUCUCGGCCCUUUGGCAAGGUGUGGGAUUUGCAGCAGGAUGCCGAAAGCCAAAGGUAAAACCAGGAGGAAAAAGUUCGACUACAAGGCAAAUCGGAAAAAGCUAAAGAGGAGGAUGGCGAAGAAGGCGGCGCCCCGGAUCGAGUGUGCACAAAUAAGAAAUGCGUGGAACAACAGGAAAUCAGUUACUCAAAAUCUGGCUGAAAUGGGUUUGGCGUGUGAUCCAAAUCGCACACUUCCUAUUAAGAAAACUAAGAAAAUGGAAGUGGCCUCAACAGAUGGAAAGCAAGUUGUAGUUAAGCCAUAUGUCAUUAAUGAGCUAGAGGCAGAGGCAAGCCUCCCGGAAGUGACCAAGUCCACUCUUUCCAAAGAAUUCAUUGACUAUGUACGGCAUAUGAUUGAGAACUACAAGGAUAAUUUCAAGGCAAUGGCAAGAGAUGAGAUGAACUAUUACCAGGACACGCCACAUCAGAUCAGGAAAAAAAUUGACUCUUACAAACGCUUUUAUCCAAGUGAAUAUGCUGAUUUGCUUGCUGCUGUACAAGAUAAGAUGGAUGUCUCAUGAGAAUGAAUCAGUUUUGCUUUAACCCAGUCAAAAUAUUUUUCUGUUGUCCUUGGUUACCACUGAGUUUUGCUAAGGCACAUAUUAAAGUAAAAUGACAAUUCUCAUAAGUAUUGAAACCAUCUUUAAAUAUCAGUUCUAGAAAUGAGUGAUCUGACCUGUUGGACUUAAUUAAGUUAAACUUUUUUGGUUAAAUUGUAUUGCCAUAAAUUAAUUAUAACUGUUUUGAUAUUUCAUGCUGUAAGCAAACUGAAUAAAAUGUAUUUUAAUAGUGAA